AUGAGGCGGCUGCGGCGCUGGGCGUUCGCGGCGCUGCUGCUGCUGCUGCCGCUGCUCCCCCCGCCCGGUGUGGGGACCCGGGGUCCCGCCGGAGCUCUGCGCUGGAGGGUCUCUCCCCCGUUGGGGGGCCCGGAAGCCCCGGAGGUCACAGAGCCCAGCCGUCUGGUGGGGGAGAGCUCGGGGGGAGAGGUCCGAAAGCAGCAGUUGGACACCAGGGUCCGCCAGGAGCCUCCGGGUGGCCCGCCUGUCCACCUGGCCCAGGUGAGUUUUGUCAUCCCAGCCUUCAACUCAAACUUCACUCUGGACCUGGAGCUGAACCAUCACCUUCUCUCUUCGCAAUAUGUGGAGCGCCACUUCAGCCGGGAGGGGCCAACCCAGCACAGCACCGGGGCUGGAGACCACUGCUACUACCAGGGGAGGCUCCGAGGGAACCCGCACUCCUUUGCUGCCCUCUCCACCUGCCAGGGGCUGCAUGGGGUCUUCUCUGACGGGAACUUCACCUACAUCAUGGAGCCCCACGAGGUGGCCAGGCCUCGGGAAACCCUCCAGGGACCCCUUCCCCACCUCAUUUACCGGACCCCUCUCCUCCCAGCCCCCCUCGGAUGCAGGGAACCAGGCUGCCUGUUUGCUGCCCCUGCCCAUUCUGCUUCUCCGAACCGACCAAGGCUGAGAAGGAAAAGGCAGGUCCGCCGGGGCCACCCUACAGUGCACAGUGAGACCAAGUAUGUGGAGCUGAUUGUGAUCAACGACCACCAGCUGUUUGAGCAGAUGCGACAGUCGGUGGUCCUCACCAGCAACUUUGCCAAGUCCGUGGUGAACCUGGCAGAUGUGAUGUACAAGGAACAGCUCAAUACCCGCAUCGUGCUGGUUGCCAUGGAAACGUGGGCAGAUGGGGACAAGAUCCAGGUGCAGGAUGACCUCCUGGAGACCCUGGCCCGUCUCAUGGUCUACCGGCGGGAGGGCCUGCCUGAGCCCAGUGAUGCCACCCACCUCUUCUCGGGCAGAACUUUCCAGAGCACCAGCAGUGGCGCUGCCUACGUGGGGGGCAUCUGCUCGCUGUCCAGGGGUGGGGGUGUGAACGAGUAUGACAACAUGGGGGCCAUGGCGGUGACCUUGGCCCAGACGCUGGGGCAGAACCUGGGCAUGAUGUGGAAUAAACACCGGAGCUCGGCAGGGGACUGCAAAUGUCCGGACAACUGGCUGGGUUGCAUCAUGGAGGACACUGGGUUCUACCUACCCCGCAAGUUCUCGCGCUGUAGCAUCGACGAGUAUAACCAGUUUCUGCAGGAGGGCGGCGGGAGCUGCCUCUUCAACAAGCCCCUCAAGCUCCUGGACCCGCCUGAGUGCGGGAACGGCUUCGUGGAGGCGGGGGAGGAGUGCGACUGCGGCUCGGUGCAGGAGUGCAGCCGCGCGGGCGGGAACUGUUGCAAGAAAUGCACCCUGACUCACGACGCCAUGUGCAGCGACGGGCUCUGCUGUCGCCGCUGCAAGUACGAGCCGCGGGGUGUGUCCUGUCGAGGGGCCGUGAACGAAUGCGACGUCGCGGAGACCUGCACCGGGGACUCGAGCCAGUGUCCCCCCAACCUGCACAAGCUGGAUGGUUACUACUGUGAUCACGAACAGGGCCGCUGCUACGGAGGUCGCUGCAAAACCCGGGACCGGCAGUGCCAGGCCCUUUGGGGCCAUGCGGCUGCUGAUCGCUUCUGUUACGAGAAGCUGAACGUGGAGGGGACAGAACGUGGGAACUGUGGGCGCAAGGGGUCAGGCUGGGUCCAGUGCAAUAAACAGGAUGUGCUCUGUGGCUUCCUCCUCUGUGUCAACAUUUCUGGAGCUCCUCGGCUGGGGGACUUAGGGGGAGACAUCAGCAGCGUCACUUUCUACCACCAGGGCAAGGAGCUGGACUGCAGGGGUGGCCAUGUGCAGCUGGCCGAUGGUUCAGACCUGAGCUACGUAGAGGACGGCACAGCCUGCGGGCCCAACAUGCUGUGCCUGGACCAUCGCUGCCUGCCAGCCUCUGCCUUCAACUUCAGCACCUGCCCUGGCAGCGGGGAGCACCGGAUCUGCUCCCACCAAGGGGUCUGCAGCAAUGAAGGGAAAUGCAUCUGUCAGCCAGACUGGACGGGCAAGGACUGCAGUAUCCACAACCCCCUGCCCACGUCUCUGCCCACAGGGGAGACAGAGAGAUAUAAAGGUCCCAGCGGCACCAACAUCAUCAUCGGCUCCAUCGCUGGGGCUGUCCUGGUUGCAGCCAUCGUCCUGGGCGGCACGGGCUGGGGAUUUAAAAACAUCCGCCGAGGAAGGUAUGACCCGACCCAGCAGGGGGCAGUGUGACGCCGGCCACGUCAUCCCUCCCGCUGUCCCUGUCUCCUCCAUCUCAUUCGUCACCUCGCAUUCUGUGGCUGGGGAGCUGGGGCUGGUUCCUCCACCCUUGCUGUCACUGCCAUCACUACAGGGGUGGGAGAACCCCACCCACCCCAGGAAGAGUCCUCAACUUGCCCCUUGCCCCCUCCUCCAGUCCACCCACCCCCUCAGGCCUUGGUCGUUUAACUCCUGCCCUUCCUACGGCCAGACCACCUCUGGCCCCGUGGACCCUGGAGCUGUGCCCCUGCCCACAC